AUUAGCUUUGACAUAAUUUUAUAUUGUCAAUUUAGAAGUUUGCGUUUACAAAGCACAAGCUAGAAUUAUUUAGAAGAUAUACACAAAAUCAUUAGAAUUAAAUAAUCAUGGAUACAGCAUCGAUAACAGAACAGAAAAGGAGUAAAGCAUUCAGCUUUAAAGACCAGAGUCCAUCGAGUGUCAAAACCAAUGUUGUUGCGGGGAAGUCUUCGGUGGCUGUCCAAGGGAAAUCUCUCAGUAGGAUGAAAGUUCGGAGACAAUCCUAUGGGUUCGGUGGAGUUGCUGGAAUAAGACCUACGGAGCGAAAAAGUUCUCAGCUCGGAAUGGAAUUCAAGAGACCUCCAUUGCUCUUCCUGAAUACAUACCAACUGGAGCCUAAGGUUAAAUUUCACGUUCCGAACGUGGAAGCCACCAUAAAUGCUGUACUAGAUGCUUAUUGGGAAGGCCACGUAUAUAGUGUUACGGAAUCACCAGGACUCACGAUGGUAAUAGCAGGCGAAGUAAUGAGAAAUGUGAAGAGUUUGGGCUUCAAUCGCUAUCGGAUCAUUGCCGUAGUCUCACUGGUGCAGAAGAGAGCUCAGUCUUACUCCAACGCUGUGGCCUUCCUCUGGGACCACGAGAGAGAUAAUAUGGCCAACAUUCACAGGGAAAUCACUUCAGCCUUCAUACAAGUCACUGUCUUCGGAAUAUACCUCGAUUAAUGGCAUUUUAACAACUCCUUUAUGUUUUGAACUCCUGGUACUUUUUUCGAUCGUCUGUGAUGUUUUCAUUGUCAUUGGUAUACAUCUUAUUGUUAGUUAAAUAUUAGAAGUAAUUAUAGAAUUAUUUUUAUUAUGAA